UCGGAAGAAAGUCAGAGCAGGGGCGGCUCCGUCCGAGACGUGAGGAUGGCAUCUUCAAACAAUACCUCACCCGAAGGAGAUUCUCCGCCCCACCAGAACCGGAUCCGUCAGUCGGACAGUAAUACCAGCUUCCUUAGAGCAGCCAGGUCAGGUAAUAUUGAAAAGGUUCUGGAGUUCCUUAAGGGCGGACAAGACAUUGCCACCUCCAACCAGAAUGGCCUCAAAGCUCUCCAUUUGGCAGCUAAAGAGGGUCAUGUGGAGCUGGUGGAGGAACUUCUGGAGAGGGGUGCAGCCGUGGAUUCUGCAACCAAGAAAGGAAACACUGCAUUGCACAUCACCUGUCUGGCUGGACAGAAGGAAGUUGCAAAGUUGUUGAUGAAAAGAGGAGCUGAUGUAAAUGCCCAAUCACAGAAUGGCUUCUCUCCACUCUACAUGGCUGCUCAAGAGAAUCACCUGGACGUUGUGCGAUAUCUUCUGGAGAAUGGUGGCAACCAGAGCACGGCCACAGAGGAUGGCUUCACUCCUCUGGCUAUUGCUCUACAGCAGGGUCAUAAUCAGGUGGUCUCUCUGCUCCUGGAGCAUGACACCAAGGGGAAAGUCCGCCUGCCUGCACUUCACAUCGCUGCGCGGAAGGAUGACACCAAGUCUGCUGCUCUGCUGCUGCAGAAUGACCAUAAUGCUGAUGUCCAGUCCAAGAUGAUGGUCAACAGGACUACAGAGAGUGGCUUUACUCCUUUGCACAUUGCUGCUCACUACGGUAACGUAAAUGUGGCUACACUGCUGCUGAACAGAGGGGCUGCUGUGGACUUCACAGCUAGGAAUGGCAUAACCCCUCUUCAUGUGGCCUCCAAACGAGGAAAUACCAACAUGAUUGCCCUGCUGCUGGAUAGGGGGGCUCAGAUUGAUGCCAAGACUAGGGAUGGACUGACACCGCUGCACUGUGCAGCCAGAAGUGGACAUGACAAGGCUGUUGAGAUACUGCUUGAGAGAGGAGCUCCCAUACUGGCAAGAACCAAGAAUGGGCUGUCCCCACUGCACAUGUCUGCUCAGGGUGAUCAUGUCGAGUGUGUGAAACAUCUGCUGCAACACAAAGCACCGGUUGAUGAUGUUACACUGGACUAUCUGACUGCUCUUCAUGUUGCCGCCCACUGCGGUCACUACAGAGUAACCAAAUUACUGCUGGACAAGAAAGCUAACCCUAAUGCCAGAGCACUGAAUGGCUUCACUCCUCUGCAUAUUGCCUGCAAGAAGAAUAGAGUGAAAGUGAUGGAACUGCUGGUUAAAUAUGGUGCCUCUAUCCAAGCCAUUACUGAGUCUGGCCUGACGUCAAUCCAUGUAGCUGCAUUUAUGGGGCACCUCAAUAUCGUCCUCCUCUUGCUACAGAAUGGAGCCUCACCUGAUGUCUGUAAUAUUCGUAGUGAGACAGCAUUGCACAUGGCUGCAAGAGCGGGACAGAUGGAGGUGGUGCGAUGUUUGCUGAGGAACGGUGCUCUGGUGGAUGCCAUGGCCAGAGAGGACCAGACACCCCUUCAUAUUGCGUCUCGUCUGGGUCAGACAGAAAUAGUGCAGUUGUUACUGCAGCACAUGGCUCAUCCUGAUGCCUCCACCACUAACGGAUACACACCUCUUCACAUAUCCGCCCGUGAGGGUCAGGUGGAGACAGCUGCAGUGCUGCUUGAGGCCGGAGCAUCUCACUCACUUGCAACAAAGAAAGGCUUCACUCCUCUACAUGUUGCUGCUAAAUAUGGAAGCCUAGAUGUGGCAGAACUCCUCCUACAGCGCAGAGCUCUUCUUGAUGAUGCUGGAAAGUAUGGUCUUACUCCUCUACAUGUUGCUGCUCACUAUGAUAACCAGCAGGUGGCGAUGUUGCUGUUGGAUAAAGGGGCUUCUCCUCAUGCUACUGCAAAGAAUGGCUACACACCUCUGCACAUUGCGGCAAAGAAGAACCAGACCCAGAUCGCCUCUGCCCUGUUGCAGUAUGGAGCAGAGACUAAUGUGUUGACCAUGCAGGGUGUGAGCCCUUUACACCUGGCCUCUCAGGAGUGCCACACAGAGAUGGCCUCCCUGCUACUGGAGAGGGGUGCACAUGUCAGUGUAGCCACUAAGAGUGGUCUGACACCUCUUCACCUCACUGCUCAGGAGGACAGAGUGCAGGUUGCUGAAAUACUGGUCAAGCACGAUGCAAACAUAGACCAGCAGACCAAACUGGGCUAUACUCCUCUUAUUGUGGCUUGUCACUAUGGAAAUGUCAAAAUGGUUAACUGCCUUUUGCAAAAUGGCGCUAAUGUCAAUGCGAAAACUAAGAAUGGUUACACACCACUUCACCAAGCAGCUCAGCAGGGAAAUACACAUAUUAUCAACGUCCUACUGCAGCAUGGGGCUAAGCCUAAUGCUGUUACUAUGAAUGGAAACACUGCUCUCUCUAUUGCCAAGCGUCUGGGGUACAUCUCUGUGGUAGACACUCUGAAAGUUGUUACUGAGGAAAUAAUCACAACAACAACUACGGUGACAGAGAAACACAAACUGAACGUUCCAGAGACGAUGACAGAGGUUCUGGAUGUUUCUGAUGAAGAGGGUGAGGACACAAUGACAGGUGAUGGAAGCGAGUACCUGAGAGCAGAGGACCUGAGAGAACUGGGUGAUGACUCCCUGCCUGGGCACUACCUGGAUGGCAUGAGCUACAGCCACAACCUAGACCGGUCACAUGACACCCCCAGUCAUCUUAGCUACAGGGGUGAAGGAAUGCUAAUUGAGGACAUGAUCACCAGCCACCAGAUUAAUAGGGUUUCUGCUUUCUCUCGCAGGAAUGAGAAAGACUCAUAUCGACUGAGCUGGGGUACUGAACAUCUUGAUAACGUGGUACUAACCAGUACUCUUCUGCAGUCAGGUCGAUCUACCCCAUGCCUUGACCAUGACAAUAGCAGCUUCCUAGUUAGUUUCAUGGUGGAUGCCCGCGGUGGAGCCAUGCGUGGCUGUCGACACAAUGGAUUACGCAUUAUUGUGCCGCCUAGAAAAUGUUCAGCACCUACAAGGGUCACAUGUCGUCUGGUAAAAAGGCACAGGCUGGCAUCUAUGCCCCCUAUGGUAGAUGGAGAGGGACUUGCAGGCAAGAUCAUUGAAGUUGGCCCUACCGGAGCCCAAUUCCUUGGUAAACUCCACCUUCCAACUGCCCCUCCUCCUCUUAAUGAGGGAGAGAGUCUUGUGAGCAGAAUUCUGCAGCUGGGUCCACCCGACACCAAAUUCCUCGGGCCUGUAAUAGUGGAGAUCCCCCACUUUGCUGCUUUGCGUGGUAUAGAGAGAGAAUUGGUGAUUCUGCGUAGUGAGACAGGAGAGAGCUGGAGAGAGCAUCACUGUGAUCAUACAGAAGAGGAGCUCAAUCAGAUACUCAAUGGCAUGGACGAGGAACUAGACCCUCCUGAGGAGCUGGAGAAAAAUCGAAUCUGCCGCAUCAUCACGCGAGAUUUCCCACAAUAUUUUGCUGUGGUGUCCCGCAUAAAGCAGGACAGUCACCUGAUUGGUCCCGAGGGAGGGGUGCUAAGCAGCACACUUGUUCCACAGGUCCAGGCUGUGUUCCCAGAGGGAGCCCUAACCAAACGGAUACGUGUGGGACUACAGGCCCAGCCCAUCAGUGAGGAUCUGGUGAGGAAGGUUCUGGGUAGCAAAGCUACAUUCAGCCCAAUUAUUACCUUGGAACCCAGAAGACGCAAGUUUCACAAGCCCAUCACUAUGACAAUUCCGAUUCCCAAAAGCUUAAAUAAUGACGGGACAAACAAUACACUCACAUUAAGACUACUAUGUAGCAUUACUGGCGGUACUACUCCAGCACAAUGGGAGGACAUAACUGGAUCCACACCACUAACAUUCAUAAACCACUGUGUUUCAUUUACAACUAAUGUAUCUGCAAGGUUCUGGCUAAUAGACUGCCGUCAGAUCCAGGAGUCUGUGAACUUUUCCACUCAGCUGUAUCGUGAGAUCAUCUGUGUUCCCUAUAUGGCCAAGUUUGUCAUCUUCGCCAAAACAUUGGACCCUAUCGAAGCACGACUGCGCUGCUUCUGUAUGACAGAUGACAAGAUGGACAAAACUCUGGAGCAGCAGGAGAACUUUACUGAAGUGGCCCGUAGCCGAGAUGUUGAGGUAUUAGAAGGAAAGCCAAUCUUUGCUGACUGCUUUGGAAAUCUUGUCCCACUGACCAAAAGUGGACAGCACCAUGUCUUCAGUUUCUAUGCCUUUAAGGAAAAUCGUCUUUCUCUCUUCAUCAAAAUUCGUGACAGCACUCAAGAACCAUGUGGCAGAUUGUCUUUCACAAAAGAGCCAAGAACAUAUCGCAGUCUUAACCACAAUGCAAUAUGCAACCUGAACAUCUGCCUACCUGUCUACUCAAAGGAAUCUGAUUCUGAUCAAGAUGCAGAUGAAGAGGUAAUAAUUACUAGUCUAAAAUAUCCAGAACCGAUGGACUGGCACGAUGAUGCCGAUAGGAAAGAAGAGACUUUGGCCAUCAUUGCUGAUCUUCUAGGUUUUAGCUGGACUGAGUUGGCAAAAGAGUUGGAGUUUAACGAAGAUGAGAUUCAACAAGUUCGUGCAGAAAAUCCAAAUUCACUACAAGAGCAAAGUCAUGCACUUCUACAGCACUGGGUAGAGAGAGAAGGAAAACAUGCAACGGAGGAUAUGUUGAUUAAAAGACUUACUAAAAUUAACCGCAUGGACAUCGUCCAUCUCAUUGAGAUUCAAAUGCAAAAGUCAGUCCAGGAGCAAACCUCAAGAACAUAUGCAGAGAUCGAAAGGACACUGGAACAUAGUGAGGCUCUCUCCUCAGUCCAAGAAGAUGUUGACAGUCUUCUUGUUGUGCGGAGAGUGGAGACUUCACAAAGGCAUCCUCCAGCUGUUUCAGAAGAGGACUUGUCUGUGGCCUCUCUCCUUGACAUUCCUUCAUGGGCUGAAACGAUGGGAAACACCCAUUCAGAGAGUAUACAUGGAGAUCUGAUGGAGGAACUGGAGAUAAACCAAGACAGCUGCACCAAUCUGUGGAUACCCAAAGAAGUCAAGAAAGAAUAUUCAAACGAAGCUGCAAAUGGUGAUGAUGUUUCAGAUAUUCCUCCACAGUCUGUAACAGAAGAGCAAUACACGGAUGCACAGGGAAACUUGGUAGUGAAGAAGGUGACCCGGAAUAUGAUUCGACGGUGCGUCUCAUCUGAUGGCGUGGAGAAAGGGCAGGUGAGGGUGGAGGGCUCCGGUCAGCAGCCUGUCAGUGUGGCGCAGGGAGACGACUACUCCAAAGUAAAGAAGAGGACAGUACUGAAGAGUGAAGGACAUCAAACAGAGGUGACCUUCCAUGAGCAAGAUGGCAUGUCAGCCUUAAUGGGGGGGUCUGCUGGAGGUCAAGAGGUCAGGCAGGAUGUCCAGGUCACGGUGGUACAUGGAGAAAGAAUGGAGACGCAUGAGGGCGAUCCAUUCCUUGCCACAGAUCUGCCCUGUGCUCGAGAUGACUUCACUCAGGCUCUAAGCUACCUUUGGGGCUUUAAGAAAGUACAGAUCCCUCGAGUGAUAGAGCAGGAAUUACUGCAGGCUGAUGGAUCUGUGAUCAGGAGGAUGAGGAUGCAGAAGUCUAGGACUCAGAAGUGGUCAGUAGUGAGGGAUGCUGAGGGAGCUGAAGGACAGAAGCGAGUGAGCGUGGAGCAGAUAGACGAUUGUCCUGAGCACCAUGACAACCUACAGCAUCACCUACAUCAACUCAUUCACCACUAACGAGCCCAAAAAUACAGAUAGGAAGAGAUGGAGUAAGCUGAAAAAAAGUGAUGGUUUCUCCCUUAAUUUUCAUUCCCCAGUCUCCAUUGCUCCUCUCUUUAAGUCCCUCCUCACCACUCCUAUGCACCAUGCUCAUUCAAUCCCAGUGUGCACUUCACUCCUGCCACUUAUAGUCUUCCUGUCCAAACUGGAUGUUUGCCCAGUUUAAGUCAAUGGACAAUAUUUUUGUUCACUUUAUUUUCCCAGUUAACCAAUGUGUGUGUUUUUCUGCCUUUUAUUGUGACCAAAUGCCGUAUUCUUCUUUUCCUUCCGUCAUUUUAAUUAAUAGUUUCUCUUUAUGAAUUAAUAGCUAUAAUAAACACAAACAAAAAACUUGAAAGAAAAUCACAAUUAUACAAUGAUUAUAUGAGAAGAAAACAGUUCACUCACAAAUGAUCAUUCAUAUUCUGAACAUUUAAGCUUGAAUUAACAGAUCUUGUAUUGCACUGCCUACCACCAUUAUUGAACUUAAAAUAUCUUUGCAUUAUAUCAUGCCACGUCAUAUCAUGCUCUUUUGAUCUCAACGGUUGAGAUGUCUGAAAACUUCUUGCCUUCUUUAUCAGCUGUUGGGGUGUUGUGUCUGUGUAAUCUGUCUAUGGAGAGUAUACAUAAUUAGCAUUUUUAAAAAGACAGUAGUGCACAUUAGCCACAUGUAAGGAUAUUAGCAGGCAUGCUUAGCUAGCAGCAGUCACUUACGAACUUUCAAAUUCUUUUUAUGUUUAGGCGACUGUCAAUUUUGUCUUUUUCAUCUCACCCCUCUAUAUUUGUGUCUGGAAGGAGUGUCUGUGAUCCGUAGGAUAUAGCCUUAUAAUUAUCCUUUCUAGAGUUCAAACAGUUCAGCACAGACUUUUGGUCACAUUAAUGGAUUUGUAUUAUUUAAAAUUUCCUUUGAGGCAAAGUGGCAAACAUUUUAAGAAGGACUCAGGAAAUUAAGUUGGAAUGCGGGAAAACUACGAGUUAAAUGUUACACAUACAAUUCUAUUUUCAGUUUUAAGUGAAUUAAUUCUAUUUUCAAUAUGAAUUUAUGUUUCUUUAUGGAUGCGUGUGAGUGUGUGUAGAUGUGAAAAAGGAAAUGUGAGAUUUUAUAUUUCAAUUAUAUUACUUUUACUGUUUUGUGUAUAUUGCUCAAUAUCAGUUUGUGUCAGAGAUUGUUGCUCUGAUGUAUUUGGUAUUUGUGAGUCUAAAUGCUUUCAAAAUGUUUUGUUGAUUUUGAAAGUGAGAAAAAGGGAUUUAAAAAAAACAUGUUUUAUUUAUGAUGUAUUUAAUGAAAUGUGUGAAAUUUAACUGAAUGAAUCUGUGCAUUGUGAUGUACUCUACAUAUGCCCUUUAUGAUUCACCAAAUCACAGUUGGCCUCAGAUUCCUGGGAAGGAGUGUACAAUGUGAUAUUGUAUGAUUUAUUUUAUUUUUAACUGAAAAUGAAUGCAGCUUUGUUAGUUGAGGUCUUUUGAUGCUGAUCCAAGGCCAGCUGUGCCUUUUCCCUUAUAAAAGUUAAGAUUAAAAUUAGGUUGUGGGAAACUGGCCCUAGAACAGCAUUAAAUGUCAUCCUCUAACAAGAGAAAUUCCAUUUGUUUAUCACUGCUACUACUUUCACUGUGACUGACCCACGUUUGAUUUACCGAAUCUGCAUUCUGCCUGUGGACAUAAGAAUAUGCAUAUAUAUAGUACAUAAAUAUCUAUCCAUAAAGGCAUGUAUUAGUUUACUAUAUGACUUUUAAAAAAGACAUUUAAACACUAUACAAUGGCUACAGUGUGUAUAUGGCUGAGUGAGAAUAAAAGUGUA